ACUUUUCGCAUCUUAAAGAGUACAUUUUUUCGCUGCUAUGGUACGAAAAUGACCGUGGUAAAUAUGCUUCUAGUUUGCUUGUGUUUUCUGUCCGUGCAUCUUGGUUUAGGCCAGGAUUGUGAGAAAACCCGUUUUGGAAGCGUUAAUACCGAAGCGGAUGUCCAGCUUGGUGCCACAUUCAACGUUCAUCGGGGAGGUUCUGCCGGGUGCUCUGACGUAAUAAACCCCGAUGGAAUCCUCAGGCAGGAAGCGGCACAUUUUGCCGUUAAGAAAUUGAAUGCUGACAAAUUUCUGCCCGGAGUCACCUUUGGCAUUCGAACUUACGAUGACUGUGGGACACCCAAUGUUGGAGUGAAGAGAUUGGUAAAUUUUCUGGCUGAGAGAGAAAAAUUUACAGACGAAUCAGGGGACAUCUGCCCGGCAAAUGUGUCCUAUCCAGGUUUGAUCGGCAGUCUACAUAGUGACGUGACACAGGAGAUGGCUUCGUUUUUGACUAGCGUCAAGAAGCCCUUGGUAUCGUACGGCUCUCACAGCAACGCUCUGGGAGACAAGGAGCUCUAUCCACUUUUUCAAAGGACGGCUUCUAACGUUUCCUCUUAUGUCAAGGUCGUAAUGUCCAUCUUGAGAAAACUUGGCUGGACGCACGUGUCAAUAUUAGUUGGGAGUGAUCCGUACAGCAAGGGAGUGAAAGAAGAGAUUCUGCGCCAGGCGGAUCCAUCAGAUGCUAACAUUUGUGUGAUGAAGAUAAAAUCUGUAGCCGACAAAGACCCAAAGCCUGACUACCUGUCCAUCGUGAAGGACUUUACCGAGGCUUCCAAAAAAGGUGCACCUGGUGUGAUAGUGGUGGCCACGCCUAAAGUUGUCCGCGACUUUUUCACGGCAGUCGACGCAGCCAUACCAAUUGUUCCAGAGGCGGCAGAUUUGCAAUGGGUGAUGGCGCUUCCGUUUUUCUACGACGAAACCUACCAAUACUUGAGCAACGUGAUCAAAGGUUUGAUCUUCCCAAAGACGUACUCGCCUACUAUCGACGAAUUCAAGAAAUAUUUUGUAUCUUUGACCCCAGAAAACAACGACGACAACCCAUUCUUUAGCAAAUAUUAUGCACAGCAAUACAAAUGUUCGCAUUAUACGUACUGCGACACGUUAAAACCACAAAUUGGCGCAGACGACUUCGUCGCCGAGACUAUUGCAGCAGUGUACACGUACGCGCACGGCUUGAGAAACGCCCACAAAGACUUAUGUACUGGACCUGGACUAUGCCACGCCCUUGUGAACCUACCAGCCAGUGAUCUUAUGGUUUAUCUGCGAGCUGUUGAGUUUACCCAGCUAGACGGAAGAAUCAUGGCGUUCACAGAAACUGGUGAGGCGCGCUUCCCAAAGUACAGUGUGUACAAUAUCCAGCUGACGGGCAAAUCAUUGGAUAUUAAAGAGGUUGGAACAUGGAAGAGUGGUUAUUUGGAAAUCAUAAGUCCUAUCAAAAUGUAUGAUAGGAAAGGCAAAGAAACCGCUAAACACAUUCCAUCCACGUGCACUGAAAACUGUCAUGAGUGCCUACAUACUGUUGACAGAAUCUCUGAGAUUCCAGGAGGUGACGUCCAAUUAUUAGGUGUCUUCAAUGCUCACUCCAAAGGGAGCAACGGCAGAGACUGCAGUAAGAGUGUCGAUGAAAUAGGGGUUCUUGCUGAGGUAGAAGNCAUACACUUGCUGACCAAAACCAUGAGUAAGGUUUUAACCAUCAUCUAUGUUAAAUUUUAA